ACGUGGACGCGGACGUGGACGUGCUCGAGUGCAUGAUGAUGAUGCAUACAUUGCCAUGGAUGAUGAUCUUAUACAUGAUGCACUAGUUAUGGAUGAUAUUGCUAUGGAUGAUGACCCCUACUGGUAAUGAUGCUGACAUUGUUGAUGAAGAUAUCCUUACUUAGCCAUUUCCAGGAGGGCCAACUGAUUCAUCAAUCCUUAAAAGUUUUAAAAGUCAUGUUGCCACAGCUUUUUGGAAUGGUGCUAAUGAAAUGGGGCCCUUGAAGUGUCAUAAUCAUUCAUCUAAGAUUCGUUCAUGGCCAUGGUGGGAACAAGGCAACAACGGUACAUUUGUACACAUUAUGGAGAUGUCAGGACUUGCACACUUAGCUCGUUGCACGUACUGCUUUGUCAACAAAAUUGUAGUGUCCAGUUUUGUUGAGAGAUGGCAACUGGAGACAAACACCUUCCAUUUGACUGUUAGAGAGAUGACUAUCACAUUGGAUGAUGUCGCCACUAUCAUGGGGCUUUCCAUUGUAGGCAAAUCUAUUAGCGUACGUAAGUUGUCAGAAAGGCGGGCUGUUGCAUUAGUAGUUAAUACCUUAGAAAUUGAUGAGCAAAAGGUCAGACAUGAGAUGUCUAGUGCUGGAAGCAAUUCAGUGAGGCUUGAGUGGUUGAGGGCACACUUUCAUAAUGUUUCAGACAAUGAUUCAAUGGAAAGAAUUGCAUGUGCAGGUAGAGCAUACUUGCUAUUUUUGUUGGGUUAUACACUUUUCAGUGACAAGACUGGUACUAGGGUCUAUAUUGUUUAUUUGAGUUUGUUGCUUGACUUGACGACCGUAUCUUCAUAUGCAUGUGGUGCUGUUGCAUUGGCAUACUUAUAUAGACAGUUGGGGUACGCUAGCAGGUCCGGUGUGAAACAAAUAGCCGGUUACAUGACACUCCUUGAGGGAUGGAUUUACGAGCACUUUCGUGGAUUCCAACCACACUUGAAUAUGAAUUACACUCAACACAUGCCACAUUUUUACCAUUGGACUUCUCAGAGAGAGUCUGAUGAAGAGACACAGUUGUAGGUUUUUCAAGAGGAGCUUGAUAGGUUGGGUGUACACAAUGUAAGUUAAAAAGUCCUUCAAAAUUUGAAACUCUGUUUCAUACAAAAUUUACAGUUAUUAUAUCAUACUAUUGUUAUUGUUUGUAGGUUAUUUGGGACCUGUAUUAGAGUUGCAGAGAUGUCCAUCCGUGUCACCCAGUUACAUUUAUCAUAGUUGCCUAAAGUGUUUGGAAGUAGUUGAACCAUAUCACCCUGAUAGAGUUUUGAGACAAUUUGGCGGAGUACAGACAAUCCCUAAUCCACUACUUGGCCCUAUGCGUGCUUCUCGAGGAGCCACAGCUCCAUGCUACAAUGUUAUGUAUGCAUACUUGGACAUCAUUUGGGAGGCAUGGGACAACCAUGUGUUAUCUAAUCAGAUGAGGAGUUCACCGGUAUGGCAACCUUGGGAUUGUGUUCCUGGUUACAUGGAUUGGUACCAAUCUAUUACCCAUAUGUAUGUUUAAAACCCAGCGUGUCGUUCUCAAGUGGAUCCAAAUAUUCAUCAUUAUCAGUAUCCUAGCCAAGACGCACAGCGUAUGUCACAGAUAUAUCAGAUUACUCAUCCUUUCGUAGAGGCUCGUUAUGAGGGCAGUGUUCAACAUCUUGAUAGGCUUUACUACGCAAUUGAUGCAUUUGAACAGCUUCUUCAAGAUCAGCACAUUGGUGAAGCUGCACCCAGGACAUCCGCUCAGGGUCGGUCUGCACCUAGCUCUUCUGCUACACAUCGUUUUGGAGAACAUUACACUCACCAGUCACGUAGCUAAUAGUAGUUCAUAAUGUCACAUUCGGUAUUUUGUGAUGGUGUUGGUGUAUCAUUUUGGAGACGAAUAUUAUUAUUAUGUUUGGAUUAUGUACUUUUUGGAUACUUUGGUGGAUUUAGUAGUAGGUAUUUAUCAGUGGUACUCUUUAAUAUUAUUACUACUCUUUGGAUUAUGUACAAGGAGAUAUGUAUUUUGUGAUGACGUGAAUGGAUUGAA